AGUUUAGAUUCAUUUUUCUCUUCUGGAUAUAAUACAUUAUUGAAGUUCAUGUAUUGUUUCUACGACACGAAACCGUUUAGGUUCAAGUCCUAGUUUUUCUCUCUAUCUUGUUUUGUCUGCAAAUUGCUUUUGUCAUGCGACACCUGUUUCCUUAAUUUACGACUAGAUCGGAGUUCUAAAGAUUUUUUUACUUGAGGGAAUCGUUCGGUCUCGUGUUCUGCUGAAAUUUUGGUUCUCGCAGCUAUUUUAGCUUCUUUUUUUUUUUUAAACGAUUCUGAAUCCGGCAAUUGAAGAGCUUCGGGCUGUAUUCAAGAUUUUUCUCCGCAGUGAAAUUUUUCCCCUCUUUUUUUAUUUAUUUAUUUUUGGUGAAGGAUCCUCUAAUGAUAUUUGGUCGGUGCGAAGUUUUCUUAAUCUCAAUUAUGGUGACUUUAGUUUUUGGGCUUAGAGCACUUUGAUGGCAUUUACGCAAUUGUGCAGCAUCCACUGUUUCCUUAAAAUAGGGAAACAAGAAGAUCUUCUUCUCCUCGAUAUUGGUUUCUCUGUUCCAAGUCUUCUCCUCAUUAGCUACAUUCGUAGGAGACCCUAACCAAUCUGGUGAAAACUUGUGAAGCUAUUUCUUUUGGUCGAUUGGUUUUUGAAAAUAUGGUUUCUUCUGAGUGUUCUGGUGUUGCCAACAAAAACCUGACUGGCAAGGCCUUUCAUAAACAGCUAUGUUUAACAAUCACCCCUCCACAUGCUGUCUUGAAAGAUGAUGUUGAACUUGAAUUCUCUGAUGUCUUUGGUCCACUCCCUGAAACUAAUAACUCUGGAGAAGAUGGUGAUGUUGUUUACGACGAGCCUGCUGUUGUCUACAGCCGAUCGCACUCAUUGGUUGGCCCGUCUUCUAUCGGUGGUCAUUCUUUCAAGCUGAACAAGCUCACCUUACGAGAGACUGAGGACUCGAUAGAAUUGUUGGAGUGUCUCGAAGGUGAAUCUUUAAAAGAAAGCGAUGAAAUCUCUGGUAAUGACGACACCGACAAUGAGAAAAGUCCAGAGGGAGAUGUGGUAAAGGUCUCAGGUGUUGUAGGCAUUGAGGAUUUUGAGGUUUUGAAGGUUGUGGGGCAAGGCGCGUUUGGGAAAGUGUACCAGGUGAGGAAGAAGGAGACAUCUGAGAUAUACGCUAUGAAGGUCAUGAGAAAAGACAAGAUAAUGGAGAAGAACCAUGCGGAAUACAUGAAAGCUGAGCGAGAUAUUCUUACUAAAACCGAUCAUCCAUUCAUCGUUCAGCUUAAAUACUCUUUUCAGACUAAGUAUAGGCUGUAUCUUGUGCUCGACUUCAUAAACGGAGGGCAUCUUUUCUUCCAGCUCUAUCACCAAGGGCUUUUCAGAGAGGACUUGGCUCGUGUGUACACUGCGGAAAUCGUCUCUGCAGUUUCACAUCUCCAUGAGAAUGGGAUAAUGCACAGAGAUCUUAAACCCGAAAACAUACUCAUGGACACGGAUGGCCACGUGAUGUUAACAGAUUUUGGUUUAGCUAAGGAAUUUGAAGAAAACACAAGAUCAAACUCCAUGUGCGGGACUACUGAGUAUAUGGCACCUGAAAUCGUUCGUGGAAAAGGACAUGAUAAAGCUGCUGACUGGUGGAGCGUUGGGAUUCUUCUCUAUGAGAUGCUCACUGGAAAGCCACCUUUCCUGGGGAGCAAAGGAAAGAUACAACAGAAAAUAGUCAAGGACAAGAUCAAACUUCCACAGUUUCUGUCUACAGAAGCUCAUGCGUUGCUGAAAGGGCUGCUGCAAAAAGAGCCAGAGAGGCGACUUGGAAGUGGACCGAGCGGAGCAGAGGAGAUAAAAGAGCACAAAUGGUUCAAGGGAAUGAACUGGAAGAAACUGGAGGCUAGAGAAGUGAAGCCAAGUUUCAAGCCGGAGGUAUCGGGAAGGCAAUGCAUAGCAAAUUUUGACAAGUGUUGGACUGAAAUGUCUGUGUUGGAUUCUCCCGCAAGCAGUCCAAGCUCGGAUCCUAAGGCCAACCCUUUCACCAAUUUCACAUACGUCAGGCCUCCUCCUUCAUUCCUUCAACAAUCUACAUCGACUUUGUAGAGGAUCUAUAUGUUAUUAGAUGGGUUUAUGGAAAUAUACUUCUGUGAAUACAUAAUUUGACGUUUCUAAG